UGGCUCAAGUUGCUACCAACCGGGGACUACCGUGUUCUUCCGCCGCCAUCCUCCAUCCGUAAGCAGACAACUUCAGAAACCCACAAUUCAAACAUGAGCUUCACAGUCGAGGAGAGGGGAAACGCGAACUCUCUCAGCUACCGCUUGUUCUUUAAAAAUGCGGAAGGAAAGUACAUCUCCCCAUUCCAUGACAUACCAAUAUAUGCUGACGAAAGCCAGAAUAUCUUCCACAUGGUUGUUGAAGUACCCAGAUGGACAAAUGCAAAGAUGGAGAUUGCUACAAAAGACAUCCUAAAUCCAAUAAAGCAGGACGUGAAGAAGGGGAAGUUGCGCUACGUGGCUAAUGUUUUUCCUCACAAAGGCUACAUAUGGAACUACGGAGCAAUCCCUCAGACAUGGGAGGAUCCUGCCCAUAAGGAUGGAGACACUGGCUGCUGCGGCGACAACGAUCCCAUUGAUGUCUGUGAAAUUGGAAGCAGGGUGUGCACCCGAGGAGAGGUCAUCAAGGUGAAGGUGCUCGGUAUCUUGGCCAUGAUUGAUGAGGGAGAAACUGAUUGGAAAGUGAUUGCGAUCAAUGUAGAGGACCCCGAAGCCAAGGACUUCAACAACAUCAGCGAUGUCCAGCGCCUGAAACCUGGUUAUCUGGAGGCCACGGUGGACUGGUUCAGGAGGUACAAAGUGCCAGAUGGGAAACCAGAGAACCGCUUUGCUUUCCACGAGGAGUUCAAGGACAAGGACUUUGCCAUUGAAGUGAUCAAGAGCACUCACAACUUCUGGAAAGCCCUCAUUGGCCAGCAGACUAAAGCUGGUGAACUAAACUGCAAAAACACGUGUGUCUCAUCUGGUGACAGUCCGUACUGUUGCUCAGCAGACGAGGCCAAAGCUGCUGUUGGUGACACAUGUCCCUGUGGAAAAGGAGACCCUAUCCCACCAUCAGUCGAUAAAUGGUUCUACUAUGAGAGGAAGUGAUCCUGGAGCUGACUGGUUUCACGAACAAAAAUGAUAAUCUGACAGUUUUACUAAAAGAUGAAUUUAAAUUUGUCUCCAGUGGGAAUGCUGGGAAGUUGGGUGUAGGACCUUUGUCUAUCUGUAGAUGGAGUGCUAGUGGUUAGAUACUGACUCAAAAGAUUUCAUCAUGUCAUGAAAACCAACUUUUUUCUUAAUUUAAACAAAGAUCUCUGUGGAGAUGUGCUGUCUGAUGAUGUACUGACAAUGUGCCUCAUAGAACUGUGUAAUGCUGUAUGAUGCUGACAUGCUUUAAUAAAGCCUAUCUGCUUAAUGUA